AUGUCAUUUUUUCAGAAUUAUUCAAUGAAAACACUAUUACUAACAUACUCUGCUAUAUUUUCAGCUUUAUUUUCAUCACUUUCAUAUAUCACAGGAUAUUUUGGAGGAAGAGUAAUUAUUGAUGAAUUUUUGGUUUAAUCAAAUAUAAUAUAUGAGAGAGAUAAUGCAAAUAAAUUUAGUUAUGCUACUCAUUAUUACAAAUAUUUGAAUUCUUACUUUUAAAUAAGUUAUUUUAUAUCAUUUAAAUUAGAUGCUAAUCCACUAAUCACAUUAAACUAACUGUAUUUAAUUUAUUUAACAAAAAUAUAUUGGAAUAGCUCUUUGAAUUAAAAUAAUUUUGGUGGUAUAGAAUCUUAUCCAUCCAUAAUUGCAAACAAAAAUAAUUCCAAAUUUUCUGACUCUGUAUUUUGUUACACUUUUAAAGAUGAAUUUAAUUAUGCUGAACGAAAUCAAAUAUAAUAAGUCAGUUUUGGUAAUUUUAUAGGUUCUAUUGGAUAAAUAAUACAUCCACAUUUUGAUAGUAAUUAAGCUUUUUUAUAUGGCUAUGUUAUUGAAUAACCUAAACCUUUGUAUUCCUACCCAUGUUAUGCUAUAGGAUAGGAAAUUAAACAUUAUUAACCUGAAACUAGACCAUGGUAUCUUUUAGCCUAAAAUAUCUCAUAAUAAAGCAUAAUUAACAAAGAGUAUCUCUACAGUAUAUCUGAUCCAUAUUUAUGUAAUUAAUUGAAUAUAAUUAUUUAGUCAAUUAGGAUUAAAAGGUAGGAAUAACAAUAACUUUACCUUUGAUUGAUAAGUUUUUUCAUUUCAAAGGUGCUUGGUGUUUAGAUAUUUUUUCAGAUUAUUUAAUUCAAAAAACUUAAAAGAUGUUAGAUAAAUUCAAAGAUGUUUACAUAAUCAUAUUAACAAAGGAUGGCAUUCUAAUAAAUUAACCAGAUAACGAUUAAGCAUAUUUUUAUGAUGAAAACAUUACUGGAUUUAAUAAAAAUGAUUGGGAUUAAUUGUAGAGAAAUGAUGAAAAAUACUUUAAAUUUAUGAAUUAGAGAACUAAUUCUUAAUAAAGUGUUAUUAAAUUUUAUCUCACUAAAUAAUAAUUAUAUUUCUUAUUGUAAUUAUUAAAAUUAAAUUAGAUUAGUAUUAUUGAUAAUGCUAGAUAUUAAAAUUAUCUAACUGAAUGUAAAAGUAUAUUAUAAACAAAAAUCGAUGAUGCAUUACAUUAAACAAUAAUACUUUUAUUCACAGCUUAUUUUUCAUUGUUUUUUUGUGCUUAUUUUAUGAUUUCAAAACUUAUUAUAUCUCCAUUGUAAGAGAUAAUUUAAUGUAUAAAAGUUAAGAGACCAAAAACUUUGAAGGAAAAAUAUGAAGAUUUACUUAGAUGGAGAUUUAAAAUAAAAAAGAAAUUUUACAUUAGUCCUGCUUUAAGAAAUUUAUAAGAUGCUGUCUAUUAUUUAAAUAAUUUUAAUUUUUAAAAAACAAAAUAAAACAAUAGUUCUUAUUUCUUAAUGCAAAAAUUUAAAUUUCCUAAAAAAGAAUAUUUUAAAAAUAGAGUAUAAUAAAUGUUAUAAAUAAAUUAAAAAUCAAUAAAAUUAUAAAACUUUAAUACUGAAUUUGAUGAUUAUUCUUUGAAUAGAAAUUAAUAAAAUUCUAAUAUUAGAAAUAAAAUAAAGUUUCUACAUUAAUUUUGUUUGAAUUUGAAAGAUAAAUAAUAAAAUAUAAAUAAGGAAGAUCUUAAUUAUUAUUUAAGCAAUUAAAUUUAAUUGAUUGCUUUUUCGUUUGUUAAAAGUUUGUUAAAUUCAAAAUCAGAGAUUUUUAAUGAUUAAAAUUGA